ACAGACACUGCGCACACCCCCCCUCCCUCCCCCCCAUCAUCUCUCAACAGCUUCCGUCGUCACCAAAACCCUCAACACCCACUUUAAACUUCCCUCCACCCAACUUCUUCUCUUCUUCUUCCACUUUUACUUUUCUGCUCUUCUACUACUCUCUUCCUCGCCCGCCCUCACUUUCUCACCCAUACCCUCGACCAACUCUGCUGCUGCGUACUCUCACUUCCAUCACAUCACCGCCACCACUACUACCACCCAAACACCAACCAUCACGGCUACUACUACCGCUACCACUACUCCUGCUACUCCGCCCACUACGGCUCUCCUUCGCACCACCACCUCUCAACGCCCCUCCCACAACCUACUUAACCACCACCCACCUCACUCGCGAUAGCAUUCCGGAGCGCGCUCGGCGGAUCAUCAACAUCGACGACGUUUUCCAACAUCCAUCAUGUCCCAGAACCGGCCAUCGGCCUUCUCGUCUCUGAGAAUGGGCGAGGUCAUCCGUGAGAAAGUGCAGGACGGCGAGACGGGCGAAUACAAGGACUUGGCCUACACCCAGUGCAAGAUUGUUGGCAAUGGUUCCUUCGGUGUCGUUUUCCAGACCAAGCUGUCCCCCAGCGGGGAAGACGCCGCCAUCAAGCGAGUCCUCCAGGACAAGCGCUUCAAGAACCGUGAACUGCAGAUCAUGCGCAUUGUCCGACACCCCAACAUCGUCGAACUCAAGGCCUUCUUCUACAACAAUGGAGAGCGUAAGGAUGAGGUCUACCUCAACCUCGUCCUCGAGUACGUCCCCGAGACCGUGUAUCGUGCCUCGCGCUACUUCAGCAAGAUGAAGACCGUCAUGCCCAUCUUGGAAGUCAAGCUCUACAUUUACCAACUCUUCCGCUCCCUCGCCUACAUUCACUCCCAAGGCAUCUGCCACAGAGACAUCAAGCCCCAGAACUUGCUCCUCGACCCAUCCACCGGCAUCCUCAAACUCUGCGAUUUCGGAAGCGCGAAGAUUUUGGUGGAGAACGAGCCCAAUGUUUCGUACAUUUGCUCCAGGUACUACCGUGCGCCGGAACUCAUUUUUGGAGCGACGAAUUACACCACGAAGAUCGAUGUUUGGUCCACAGGUUGCGUAAUGGCGGAGCUCAUGCUUGGGCAGCCAUUGUUCCCCGGCGAGUCAGGCAUCGACCAGCUCGUUGAGAUCAUCAAAGUCCUGGGCACGCCCACUCGUGACCAGAUCCGAACAAUGAAUCCCAACUACAUGGAGCACAAGUUCCCCCAGAUCAAGCCGCACCCAUUCAACAAAGUGUUCCGCAAGGCCGACCCCAACGCCAUCGACUUGAUCUCGAAACUCCUCGAAUACACACCAACACAACGAUUGUCGGCAAUCGAUGCGAUGAUCCACCCCUUCUUUGACGAGCUGAGGGAUCCAAAUACCCGUCUCCCUGAUUCACGCCACCCAGGUGGCGCCACUCGGGACCUUCCGAACUUGUUCAAUUUCGAUCUUCAUGAACUCUCCAUCGCUCCUCCGCUCAACCCGCAAUUGGUGCCACCGCACGUCCGCCCGGGACUUGCCGCUCGUGGAUUAGAUUUCGAAUCGCCCAAUUUUAAACCAAAGAACAAGGAUCAAAUGAUGGCGCGGCUGGAUUAAGAUCCCGAAGCGUUAACGUGAUACGAAUUAACGU